AAAUGCUAUUGAAGCCGUGAAAACCCAAACAUUGGGUUAUAAGAAAACUGAGCAUUGGAGGGAUGUCUCGUAUAGAGGCAAAACACGUGUCGAAUUAUUUAAAAGACAAAGUCGUUGGAUUCCCUGAUGUUUACGCAUAUCGAGUAUAUAGCAAGCAGCGUCGCAACCCUAGCGAGCACACAUCGACACUAGCGAAUGAUAGGAGGUUGUUCUCCAAGAACCGAGUGAAGCGCGCCCUUCUCCCCGACCCCGAGCGGGGACUGUACCGAGUGAAGAGAGUAGAGAAUACAACCACCGACUAUGUUAGACAGAGGUGUAGGCAGCCGCUAUUCAACGACGAAUUGUGGAGCUACGAAUGGUAUCUUCAAGACACGCGCACAGAUCGCAUGUUGCCCCGGUUGGACCUGAACGUGCUCCCCGUAUACGCGAUGGGGUUCAACGGCCAGGGCGUGCGUGUGUCCAUAUUGGACGACGGCAUCGAGCACAAUCACACGGACUUACGCGACAACUACGAUGCAGAGAUCAGCUGGGACAGCAACGACCGUGACAGCGACCCGUACCCGCGACCGGACCAGAUGCGGUCCAACUCACAUGGCACCCGAUGUGCUGGAGAAGUAGCAAUGACAGCGAACAAUAACAAGUGCGGUGUAGGCGUGGCGUGGGGUGCCAAGGUGGGUGGAGUCAGGAUGCUGGACGGUCGCAUUACGGAUCGUGUCGAAGGCGAAGCGAUAGGUUUUGCGUCUGAUAAAGUAGAUAUCUACAGUGCUUCAUGGGGCCCUAAUGACGACGGUAGAACUGUCGAAGGACCAGGAAGGCUAGCCUAUGAAGCGCUGAAGAGAGGAGUAGAGAAGGGUCGGAAUGGCAAAGGCUGUAUUUAUGUGUGGGCGAACGGGAACGGUGGCCACCAUAGCGACAACUGUAACCUUGAAGGAUAUUCAUCGAGUAUCUACACGAUAUCGAUCGGCAGCGCCUCCCAACACGGGCUGUUCCCCUGGUACGGGGAAAUAUGUUCCUCAACUCUCGCCACCACCUACUCCUCUGGUGCUUAUAAGGACCAGAAAAUUUUUGAGCAAGAGUGAAAGUAUUUCAUCAUUAAGAGAUGCGGAUGUGACAGUGGAAGUGGGUUGUGACGUAAAUUAUCUGGAACAUGUCGAACUUGUAGUAUCACUGAAUUACACACGCAGGGGGGCACUUGAGAUUUACUUGGUUUCUCCACAAGGAACAAAGUUGCAACUAUUAAGCCAACGUCCAAAUGACUACUCUGAUGCAGGCCUGUCCAACUGGCCUUUGACUUCAGUGGCAACGUGGGGCGAAAACCCAAAUGGAAUCUGGGCAGUUAUUGUGCAAGACGGGACAAUUGAAUUUAAUAGAGGCGAGGUGAUAUCUAUGGAAUUAAUAAUGCACGGAACCUUUGAUAUGCCGAUGUACAUGUCCAACGGAUCUAGAAAGUACACAAAUAAAUAUAAUUUAAAAGAUAUCGUCAUCAAUAACGAAUUGGAAUCGAGUGAAAAUAAUUUACCAAUAGUACCAGGGCAACAUGAAACGCAAGAGGUGGACUCUAUCGAUGAAGAGUUGUUGAGGCAUCACCAGAGCAAAGUAUAUCUUACAGAUUAUAAUAUAUAAGCCGAAGAAAAUAUGUUUUCAAUGAAACAAUGAAUAUCGUGUGGUUAUUCUAAGAAUUAAGGAAAUAAUAUUAUUAUAAAUUGCAUGACUGUGCUUCCCAAUUAGUAAGAUACUUAAUAAUAGUUUUGCUUUCGAU